ACCACCUGAUAUAUCAAGACCAAUUAACAACAACUGCUUGAUUGAAUACUGAAUAUUAAUAGGGUUUAACAUGAACAGAUUAACAUAUUUUAAUCUGUGUUUAUCCAGUGGUUCAAUGACUGUGAUUUAAUUUUUUUCCGUUGUGGAAACAUCAAUAUAUUCAACGUAAUGACUGACAAGGUUUUCAAUUUCAUUAAAAAUGUGUACCUAGACUUUUACAAAAGAGAUAACUCACAAAUUUCUUAAAAGGACGGAAUAAAGUUUGUACUGAGACAGUCAUCUUUCCCAAAAUAUUGAAGAAAAUGCAAAGACAAUAUGGAGAAAUAAAUGAAAUAUAUUAUUAAAGUUCUCAAUCAAAAUGGACAAAAAGGCACUUUCUUACCACACCAAAGUUCAAGAUUGGACUCAACUAUAUCGACUUACUGCUGAUGGAAAGAUCUAUAAAGAUACUAAAGAGAUUACAUACUUAUCACCACAGAAAAUACAGGAAAUUGAUUCAUGGCGAAACAAUGUUUACAAAAAAUUGACGAAAAAUAAAUCUGCUGGCAAACAAUUAAAUAUCCAGACAUUCUCAUCAUCAAAACAAAAAAGCUAUGGAUCUUCUCAGGUGAAAUGUAAAAGUGCAAUUAAUCUAAAACACAACAAAGACACUGAUGUGUUUUCUGUGUCAAACCAUUUAGCAGAAACUUCAUUACAUUAUUCCGCUAUGAGGAAAGAUAUUUACAAUGCAAACAAAAAGCAAUCAAUACCACAAUCAACAAAAUCUAUUUUAAAUGGAACUGCUACUGAAGUAUCUAAAAAAUUUGACAAAGCUAUUCAAUUCAAAAACAGUGUUGAUAGGAAAAGCAGUAGUCAAGGUAGCGACAAUAAACUUGAGGAAGAUGUCAUAUCUGACAGCAUUUCUGACAGUAUAAGUCUGGCUUCUACAAGGAAAAUGACUGAAUGUGGUAAAGUUAUACAGGUGAAAGAUAAAAUGAUGAUCUCAGUUCGAUCAGUGUCCAAUAAUUUGUUGAAUGUUAUUUCCAUAGAUGAUUGUAAGAUGGCAUUAGCGAAGAAUUCUUUUGUUUAUACUGCAGAAAGAACUAAAUCACAAACGAGUGAAUAUAAAGCAGAAAGUAGUGCAGCUAACUCUACUGAUAUGCAGAAACCAGGAAAGAGAUCAAUGACUGCCGAAAGUAGAAAAACGUCUUCAUAUUAUACAUCAACAAUGCCAUCUGGAAUUUCUGGCCGAGAAUCCAAACCAGAUAGAAAAGCAAGAGUAACAAAAGCUAUUGACACAAUGGUCAACGAUAGGAAAGUGAUGAACACUAUGGAUAGAAAUUUUGAUGCUAGGAUAGCUCCAGCUGGUAGGUUAAUUCUAAACAAAAAUGAAGGAGGAUACAUGUUUAAACGACUUCAUAGUGCCCUUCGGAAACAUGUAGACAAUAUUCUGUCUGUUCAGGCUCACCGCAGGCUUCCUAAACAAUUAAGUGGAAUGGAAGACCAAUUUUCUUCUUAUAUUCAACAAAUUGCCAGUUCUAUACAGACAGAUGAUCAAAUUCCUGAUCCAAGUGCAUUCAAUAAGGAUUUUCAACAUUUGAGUUCAAAUAAAAAAGAAUUAAAAGGAAAAUUGACAAUAUUUGAAGAGGAAGAAGACAUUGUCAAAGAUGAGAAUGUGCCUAAAAGGCAAGUUUCUUUUAACAAACAGCUUAACGAAAAGGUAGAGCAGACAGGGAAGGACAAUGAUGUGGUUUGUUUUGGCCACAGCCAAGCAUCUAACCAGUUAUAUAUAGAUUCAGUCAAAUGUCAUUUGACAGCAGAAAAUGUAACUCUACAAGAUAAACUGAGUGCAAACUGUGGUAGUUCUAGUAGUGAGAGUUUAUCUUCAUCUGUUUCAAUACAUAAUUUAUCAGAAAAAUGUUGAAGAUCAUCAAGAGUCAUUAUUAAUUAUUAACUUAAUUUGCAUUAAAUUACGCUACAAGAUUUA